UAUCGCUGCUCGCCAUGGUCGCCACUGUUCAAAAGCCCGCCCCCGGUUUCAAGGCCCCUGCUGUCGUGGAUGGCCUCUUCCAGGACAUCUCGUUGUCAGAUUAUCUCGGUCAAUGGGUGGUUCUCUUCUUCUACCCUCUCGAUUUCACGUUUGUGUGCCCGACCGAGAUUCUUGCGUUCAAUGAUGCUUUGCCCCAAUUCAAGCAGCUGAACACCACCGUCCUCAGUGUCUCGACGGACUCGCACUUUUCCCACUUCGCGUGGGCGACGCAGGACCGCAAGCAGGGUGGUCUCGGUCCCGACCUCAAGCUGCCCAUGAUCGCGGACAAGAGCAUGUCGAUCUCCCGUGACUACGGCGUUCUCAUCGAGGAGGAGGGCAUUGCUCUCCGCGGCCUGUUCCUCAUCGACCCCAAGGGCACGCUCAGGCAAAUCACCGUCAACGACCUGCCUGUUGGCCGCUCUGUCGACGAGACCAUCCGUCUCGUCAAGGCCUUCCAAUUCACCGACGAGCACGGUGAAGUGUGCCCUGCCAACUGGACUGAGGGUAGCCAGACGAUCAAGACGGACCCUCACGGCAAGCUGGAGUACUUCAGCACCGCUGGUGGCGCAAAUGGCCACUAGGCGGCAGUCGCGAAUCUGUGUGGUUCCCUUUCCGAUGAAACCAAUUCAAGAACCAUAGACGUGACUAACCCCCUAGAAUGUAGAGAAGACUCGCUAGAUCUCUUGGCCAGAGGCGAUAGACGUUUGUGCUCGUUCGUCUGUUGCUUUGUAUAGAUGCGGAAAACCCCCCUACUUUGCAGUACGGCCAGUGCUAAUAGCUAUCUGAACGUAUUGAAUGUAAAAUCUUGCAUACUUGCAUCCCCUGUAAUUGAUUGUCGUG